AUGGGUGGAGUGGAGUUUGAAGGCACUGUUGAUCCCACUGAUGCUGAACAAUGGCUUGAUCGCAUGGAGAGGGUAUUUGAGCAAAUAGAGUGUUCAGAUGUUGAAAAAUUUAAGUAUGUUAUUUCAUUAUUACAAAAGGAUGUUUACGAUUGGUGGGUAAGUGUUCUGAAUGCCAAGGUAAAACCUCCUAUUCUUACUUGGGCUGAUUUUCUUAAGGAAUUUCGUAUGAAGUAUGUUCCACCUGCUUAUUGUGAUGCAAAGAAAAAGGAGUUUUUGAAUAUAAGGCAACGAGGCAUGUUUAUUGUUCAAUACGAACAAGAAUUUCUAAGGCUCUCUCGCUAUGCUAGUGGUAUUAUUAAAGAGGAAAAAGACAAGCGCAGGAAAUUUGAAAACGGUUUAAAUGAUUCCAUUAGGAAGAAUGUGGCGAUCCUGCAACAUGAGAAAUUUUGUAAGUUAGUGUCUGCUGCUUUUACUUGGGAACUACUUGAUAAAGAAGAAACUAGUAGAAAUGAAAACAGAUUUCGAAAGCCUAGACCAGAUUUUGGGGGUCCAUCCAAAAGGGGAAGGUUUGAUAAUUCUAAGGCUGGCAGUGAUAACAGGCCACCUCAACAAAGGCAAAACACAUCCGAAUUUUCUACAGCUAGCACUCCAAAUUAUGGCCAAGGCAAGCCUCGUGUUCCCACCUUUCCACAAUGUGGAAAGAAUCAUUAUGGUACUUGCAGGAGAGCUUCUGGUGCAUGUUUCAAUUGUGGGAGCUUUGAUCAUAAAGUGAAGGAUUGUCCUAAUCCUAAUUAUGCUCCAUCGUUGAGAACUGAAGGCUUAGUUCAUAAGCCUUCUGCAGCAGGUACAAGUAGAGUUAAUCAAGCUAGUGGGAAAAGGGCUACUGCACAUGCUUAUGCGAUAAGGCAGAGGGAUGAUCAAGAUGGACAAGACGUGGUUGUUAGUAAAUUUCACUUAUUUGGCUUAUGUGUGUUUACAUUAUUUGACCCUGGUUCUACACAUUCCUAUAUUUGUUCAUCGUUUGUUCUUCCUGAAAAUGUGAAAUCUGUGAGUCUUAAUUAUGAUAUGCUGGUUGAAAGUCCUUUGGGUUAUCAAGUUGUGUGUAAUCGAGUUUACCAAGAUUGUCCCUUCGUGAUUCAAAACCUAGUCUUCCCUGCUGAUUUGAUUGAAAUACCCUUCAAGGAUUUUGAUGUUAUUAUCGCCUUGGCAAGAAAGUUGAUACGUCAAGAUUGUGGGGCAUACCUUGCUCACAUAGUUGAUACACAGUUGAAGAGUUCUUGUAUCAAAGACAUACCUACUUUAUGUAAUUUUCCAGAAGUAUUUCCAGAAAACCUUCAGGGAUUGCCCCCGGAAAGAGAGGUUGAAUUUCCAAUCGAGCUUAUUCCUGGAUCUACCCCUAUUUCUAUCACUCCUUAUAGAAUGGCUCCAGCAGAAUUAAGAGAAUUGAAAUCUCAACUGCAAGAACUUCUUGAGAGAGGUUUUAUUCGUCCUAGUGUUUCUCCUUGGGGAGCCCCUGUUUUAUUCGUAAAGAAGAAAGAUGGCACUCUUAGGCUUUGUAUUGACUAUAGACAAUUGAACAGAAUAACAAUCAAGAAUAGAUAUCCACUACCAAGAAUUGGUGAUUUGUUUAACCAACUUAAAGGUGCUAAAGUAUUCUCAAAAAUUGAUUUAAGGUCUGGAUAUCACCAACUGCGUGUUAGAGAGAAAGAUAUUCCUAAAACUGCUUUUAGAACUCGAUAUGGUCAUUAUGUAUUUUUGGUGAUGCCAUUCGGAUUGACAAAUGCUCCUGCGUGUGAAUUUUGGCUUGAUGAAGUAGCUUUUCAAGGACAUGUUGUAUCAACCGAAGGUGUGAAAGUGGAUCCUAGUAAAAUACAAGCAUUUGUUGAAUGGAAACCUCCCAAAAGUCUGACUGAGAAGGAAGUAAAGUUUAUCUGGGAUGACAAAUGUCAAGAGAGCUUUGAAACUCUCAAAUCCUUGUUGACUCAAGCGCCUAUACUUACUCUACCAAUUGAAGGGAAAGACUACGUAGUAUACAGUGAUGCUUGUCACAAUGGUCUCGGAUGUCUUUUGAUGCAUGAAGGGAAGGAGCUAAACCUUCGACAAUGUAGAUGGCUUGAACUCAUCAAGGAUUAUGACUGCACGAUUGAUUAUCAUCCAGCUAAAGCCAAUGUGGUUGCAGAUGCCUUAAGUCGGAAAUCCUUCGCAAGCAUUUCUUUGAGUCCUUUACCCUUGCUCCUUGAGUUAAGAGCGAUGAAUGUUUAUUUUACACUUGAUUCAAAUGGUUCAGCUAUUGCUAAUUUACGAGUAAAGCCAAUAUUACUCGAGCAGGUGAAAGAAGCACAAAUGUUAGAUGACAAGCUUGUAAAAUUGUCCAGAGAAGUUAAAAGUGGGGAAAAACUUGAUUUUACAUAUACAGAGGAUGGUGGCUUAUUUUAUCAAACCAGGUUAUGCGUCCCUAAUGAUGACAAAUUGAGGAGAGAAAUAUUGAAUGAAGCAUAUGCUUCACCAUAUGCAAUGCAUCCUGGAGGUACAAAGAUGUACCGGACCAUCAAAGAAAAUUAUUGGUGGAAUGAUCGGGACCCAAGGUUUACAUCUAGAUUUUGGGGUAGCUUGCAGGAAGCUUUGGGUACUAAGUUGAAGUUUAGCACUUCGUUCCAUCCUCAAACUAACGGCCAGUCGGAAAGAGUGAUACAAAUUUUGGAGGAUAUGCUUCGAGCUUGCAUUAUGGAGUUUGAAGAGGACAAGGUAAAAAUUAUCAAAGAUCAUCUAAAGAUUUCUUCGGAUAGACAAAAGUCGUAUGCUGAUCUUAAAAGGCGUGAUAUUGAAUAUCAAGUUGGGGAUAAAGUAUUCUUAAGGGUGUCUCCAUGGAAAAAGAUUAUGAGAUUUGGCCAGAAAAGAAAACUUAGUCCCCGAUUUAUUGGACCUUAUGAGAUACUUGAAAGGGUUGGACCAGUUGCAUAUAAAUUGGCGUUGCAACCUGAGUUAGACAAGAUCCACAAUGUCUUCCAUGUUUCUAUGCUUAGAAGAUAUCGUUCUGAUCGAUCUCAUGUUCUUCCAGUUGAAUCUAUUGAGGUUAAUCUUGACUUGACGUAUAAUGAAGAACUUAUUCUAAUCCUAGCUCGAGAAGUAAAGCAACUUAGAAACAAGAGAAUCCCCUUAGUAAAGGUACUUUGGAGGAACCAUUCUGGAAAAGAAGCUACCUGGGAAACAAAAGAAGUCAUGAGGACCCUAUAUCCGCACUUGAUCCAGGACUAG